UGGGAACAUGAGUUUAAAAACUCAGUUGCACUAUCAUUUAACAGAAUUGCUCGAAUAACAAUUCCGUUUAUGAGAGGGGUGGAAAAAAAAAUGUGGGCAUGCUGAUUAUAAAGAAGUUUAGAUAACUAGCAUCAUCAGUCAGCUUUAUAAGAAGUUAGGCAAGUGAUAAGUUGGCACGGAUGGUGUGUGCAAAGUUAUGCUUCUGUGUAGACAAAGAUUUCACUUCGUUCGGAUAUAAAAAAGACAUUUCUGAUUAAUGGAGUUUGCGGCCAUGGAGCAGGAGACGCUGAUGAAAGGUAAACAGUCAACAAUUCGACAGGGUCAUCAAUAUAAUAGCGGCUUCAAAUUAAUAGAUUCAUUAAUUCAAUAGCGUCAUCUACUUAAUAGCGUCAUCAAUUUAAUAGAGUCAUUAAUUUAAAAGCGUCAUCAAUGUAAUGGCGUCUUCACCUCAACUUUUAAUGUAUCUAAUCUGGGGGAUAUGCGAUAAAAAAACCAUAAUCCAUUUAAGUUCAAUAUUAAUUUAAUGAUUAUAAUAAUUAUAACUAGUAAUUUAUACAAUGGAAACGAGUGUUUUAUUAUCAGCAAUGCAACCCGCAGGGGCGGCGCUAGGGGGACGGCGAAGUGGGGGACCGCGCGUUGCCUUAGUUUAUUUAUAAUGUACCUAAGCAUGAUGGUACUUCCUAAUCCAGUCAACACAAUAUUCGGAAACUAAGCGGAUGAGCAACUAUCCGUUACGGCGCGUACGACUACAAAGUGUCUUAAUAUCCUAUCGGCGGAGUAUAGAACGUCAACGGCCCCGCAAAACUCAAUGUGCCCAAGGCCCCGCAUCGUCUUGGCGCCGGCCCUGAAACCCGGUUCGACUAUGUCUUUAUUGCCAUCCUUUACCAUUUCCAUUAUCAUCAUCGUAAUUACCAUCAUCACUACUUUCAUCACCACCAACAAUGCCAUCAUUGCUACCAUCAUCGUUACUUUCGUAACCAUCAACCACACCAUCGUAAUAACUCUUACUUAGCAGCUGAUCCAUCCGUUGAAAAUGUGCACAUUAUGUAAAUUUAACCAAGAUAACCUUAACCACAGCACCUACCAUAAAAUUAUUCACAAUGAUAUUAAAGAUUGUCAAUUUUAUUACAAAAAUUAUCAAUUUUUUUGUAAUUACUAUCCCCCCGACAAUUCUGUUACGACCUUUCAGUUCUUUGAUAGAUCAGUAAUGUAGCAUGAAAAUUCAGCUUAAAAUAUCGGGUCAUGGUUUUGUUGUAGGCCAUUCAAUUGUUCCGUGUUUUUUUUAAUUUUUUUUUAUAAUUGUAUUUGGAAGAAUUUUUUAAAUUUUUUUUAUUCGUGGAACACAAAAGGCGAUGUGCAUCUGAAAGUUAUACAAAAAUAAUCUCACCUCACCAAAAUCACCCCGCCUUAUAAAGGUAAUGACGCCUAAUAAAAUUAAGCCCGCCUUAUAAAGGUAAUGACGCCUAAUAAAAUUCAGCCCGCCUUAUAAAGGUAAUGACGCCUAAUAAAAUUCAUCCCAACUUAUAAAAAUUCUUCCCACCUUUUAAAAGUCAUCAAUCCUUAUAAAAGUCCUCCUACAUUAUAAAUGUCCUGCCGCCUAUUGAAGUCAGCCCGCAUUACGCCAUAUAUUAAACCAACAAUCAUGGAACACAACCACCAGCAUUAGAACUGUUUCAAUGUCACGUCACAAAAAUUUCUAUUUUGAAUUAUUGUAUAGUGGUAUUUAGUGGAUGUAUUGUAACAACAAAAAUACUUGAUGCAACAACAUGAAAGUCAAACUAGAAAUUUCCUCUGAAAAUGUUACGGAGAGAGAAGAUUCUUCUGACAGUGUUAGCAACAAGAUGUCCCUUUAAUUAUAUUUAUUUCCAACUCUUUAAUUGCUUGUUUUUAUAAAAGCACUUCAGAAAAAAUAAAAAGUUGAAUUGUUAGAUAUUAUAAAAGUGCUUCUGAAAAAUAAAAAUUGAAUGCUAUUUCUUAUAAAAGCACUUCUAAACACCAAAAAAUAAAAUAAUUGGUAGUUUCAUACAAGCACUUGUCAAAACUUUAACAAAAAAAAAAAAAAAAAAAAAAAAAAAAAAAAUAAAAAAAAAAAAAAAAAAAAAAAAAAAAAAAAAAAACAGCAGGGGGAAAAAUUGCCUUACCGAAAAUCGAACCCAAGUCCACAAGGGAACAAGCCAGGAUGGCAAAACACCUCACUGACCUGAAUAACUUCAGCAUAAAAACUGUCCACGAUGGAAUUUUAAAAUAUAUAUAUAUGACGUAAACAAGAAGUAAUGCUGUCUGAAAUCAGAAUUUAUUCCGUACUCAGACAUGGCGUGGGAACCAUUGGUAAUUAUGGUACCCUAACACUAACAUUACAUCAGUACACUUAUCUAAAGUGGGUGCGCUUAAUUAUGUGGUAAGACUGUUCGGGUUCUAUGGUGAGAAUGUUAGGUUCUAUGGUAAGAUUGUUAGGUCUUACGGUAAGAUUGUUAGGUUAUGUGGUAAGAUUUUUAGUUGUACGGUAAGAUUGUUUGGUCUUAUGGUAAGAGUGUUAGGUUAUAUGGUAAGAUUUUUAGCUAAAUGGUAAGAUUGAUAUGGUAAGUUUGUUAGUGUUAGGUUAUUGGGUAAGAUUGUUAAGUUAUGUAAGAUUAUUAGGUUAUAUGGUAAGAUUGUAAGGGUUAUAUGGUUAGAAUGGUAGAGCAAUAUAGUGAGAUUGUUUGCGCUAAAUGGUAAUAUUUUGAUAGGGUUAGACCUACUUAAAGUCAUGCAUUGCCUUUCCUUUCAAAUACAACUGCAAAAUAACAGUGAUUUUUCAUCUUUGAUUGCGCCGCAGGACAAGGUCGUGUCAAUCAACUUGGGGGCGUGUUCAUCAAUGGAAGACCGCUCCCCAACCACAUUCGUUUGAAGAUUGUCGAACUGGCGUCCCAAGGGGUUCGCCCUUGUGUCAUCAGCCGACAACUGCGAGUCUCUCACGGGUGAGUCCAUAACUGGGGGUCUCUCACGGGUGAGUGCAUUACUGAGGGUCUCUCACAGGUGAGUCCACUACUUGGGGUCUCUCACGGGUGAGUCCACUACUAGAGGGUCUCUAACGGGUGAGUCAAAUACUAAGGGUCUCUCACGGGUGAGUCAAAUACUAAGGGUCUCUCACGGGUGAGUCAAAUACUAAGGGUCUCUCACGGUGGUCUCUCACGGGUGAAUCCACUGCUACAGGGUCUCUCACGGGUGAGUCAAAUACUAAGGCUAAGGGUCUCUCACGGGUGAGUCCACUACUAGAGGGUCUCUCACGGGUGGGAUCUACUUAUUGGUUUGAUUCAAUUUUUUUUUUUUAAAUUAAACGAACUGAAUUAGAAUUAAAAUCAUUUGAAAUUCGAAAGGCUUAUUGAAUAUAAGAAGGUUCAAUGACGUAGAAGGAUCUCGUUUCAAUCAGAAACUGAAGAACCAAACAAUGGGCAUGAACUAUUAAUGCCGGAGACCCGAAGUGUCAGAUGAAAUGGAAUAAGAUGGUUUGGCAGAACCCCAAUGAGUCAGAAAUGAGGAACUGGAAAAAGAUGGUUAGGCGGAGACCUGGCGAGUCAGAAAGGAGGAAACUGGAAUAAGAGGUUUCAUUUUGUAAAAUUUCUUCAGUGUCUUCAAACAGAUAAAUAUGUUAAAAUGUAAAUCUUCAAUCGUCGAACGCUUCAUGCCAACAAUCUUCUAACAUCUCUUCGUGGUCUCACAAUCAUUACAUUAAUUGGUUAACAAUGGAAGAAUCUUGUAAUUAUUUAUUAUUUUUGGGGGUGGGGGUGGGAAGCUGAACGAUUGGUAAACGAAGGACUGUACAAGGUUUUAGAACGAACGAAGAGCUUACCACUGACUCAAGGCGGCUUCUGCAAGGGGCUCUAGCGGACGGAUCAAGAUAUCCCCUUGGGCCACCCCAUUGUCAAUGAAACACAAAUGAGAAAUUAAAGGGUGGCAAUAUGUUUUAUUUUAGCUUAAGAAGACAUAUGACGGAGUGUGGCUCGCGGGGCCUCUUGUACAAACAGCAGAAACUCGGUGUCACUGCAAACAUUUAUGACUGGACCCAUUCGUUCUUGUCGAAUCGGACGAUCAUCGCAACAAGAACAGAAGACCAAGUGCAAAACACGGAUGCACUUGAGGAAGGACACCCGCAGGGAUCGGCCUCGAGCUGCGACGUGUUCCUGACAUAUGUACAAUAUUUUCACGGGGGAUUAGAUUCACAGUAUGCCAUGUUGGCUUAUGAUCUGGUUAUUUGGAGUUGGGGGCAGAGAGUGCAGCAACUGCAGCCACGGCUGUGAGAGGAUCUAAACAGUGCAGACUCAUACACUGCGAGGCGGAAAAUAGCGGUAAACACAGGUAAAACAGUCAUUCUAUUUUCACAAAUUGAAGGAAUAAUCUUAAAGAGGAAAUAGAAUUAGCCAUCUUCAGGAAAAGAUUACAAUGAGAUAUUCUCUCCGCUUAUUACCAUCAAAUUGAGAUAGGACACAAUCCUAUUUUGGCGUGACACUGGACCCGAAAGUCGAGCUACACAAACUUUUACGUGAAUUGUGAGUUGAAGCCACGUCUAAACUAAGUCUGAUGAAAAAACUGGCAUGCUAUUGCUGUGGAGCCAGGCUGCACUAACUGGAGAGCCAGACUGCACUAACUGAAUUGUGAGGCUGCACUAACUGGAGAGCCAAUGCUGCACUAAUUGGGGAGCUCUUUAACCUGGUGGCGUGAGAAGUACCAUUGAAUACAGCCUCCUGGUCCAGCCCUUUGCAAGCCGCUUGGCCCUCAAUGGUCUUGAUCACACAUUAUAUAAUCAUCAAAUUUAAAUGUGAAAUUAUUCAAUACAUAAACUCACGUGGCACCUAACAAGUUUAGAACUCGACAGUCUUGACACGGAGUGUAAGUUCAAUUUCAUCAAACAAGUUCUUAGACCAACCAAGUUCCGACACCAAACCCGUUCUGAUGCACACAAUGCGUACGAUACCAUUUAACAUUUGAGAAAUUAAUGUUUUAUUUUUUCCAAAUCGUGAUUGAAACUAAGAAAGAAUGCUAAACCCGCAAACCCGACGGGACAACUUGCUAUUUCGUGACAACGCCUGCAAAAUAUGGGCGUAAGGAAAUCAUCAUACACCCGCAAACCCCCCCCCCCAAACACACACACACUUUCAGUCGUCAGUUAUAUAUGGUGCGUGUGAAACUAGCCGAAAUAGGUGGGGUAAAAAAAGAUGAGUGCCCUGAAUCUGGGGCUAGUAAGAGAAGAAUCCCUUACAGCAGCAUGUCCCAAAUGUCGGGUCACCACCCGGUCCUGGGCCACGGGAUGCUAAAAUAGCUAAUCACGUAAAAAUUCAAGACAACUUAUAUACAGCUAGCAAUGUUCCCUCUAAGGUUUGUUGGGUCGUGUGAGACAACUUAUAUACAGCUAGCAAUGUUCCCUCUAAGGUUUGUUGGGUCGUGUGAGACAACUUAUAUACAGCUAGCAAUGUUCCCUCUAAGGUUUGUUGGGUCGUGUGAGACAACUUAUAUACAGCUAGCAAUGUUCCCUCUAAGGUUUGUUGGGUCGUGUGAGACAACUUAUAUACAGCUAGCAAUGUUCCCUCUAAGGUUUGUUGGGUCGUGUGAGACAACUUAUAUACAGCUAGCAAUGUUCCCUCUAAGGUUUGUUGGGUCGUGUGAGACAACUUAUAUACAGCUAGCAAUGUUCCCUCUAAGGUUUGUUGGGUCGUGUGAGACAACUUAUAUACAGCUAGCAAUGUUCCCUCUAAGGUUUGUUGGGUCGUGUGAGACAACUUAUAUACAGCUAGCAAUGUUCCCUCUAAGGUUUGUUGGGUCGUGUGAGACAACUUAUAUACAGCUAGCAAUGUUCCCUCUAAGGUUUGUUGGGUCGUGUGAGACAACUUAUAUACAGCUAGCAAUGUUCCCUCUAAGGUUUGUUGGGUCGUGUGAGACAACUUAUAUACAGCUAGCAAUGUUCCCUCUAAGGUUUGUUGGGUCGUGUGAGACAACUUAUAUACAGCUAGCAAUGUUCCCUCUAAGGUUUGUUGGGUCGUGUGAGACAACUUAUAUACAGCUAGCAAUGUUCCCUCUAAGGUUUGUUGGGUCGUGUGAGACAACUUAUAUACAGCUAGCAAUGUUCCCUCUAAGGUUUGUUGGGUCGUGUGAGACAACUUAUAUACAGCUAGCAAUGUUCCCUCUAAGGUUUGUUGGGUCGUGUGAGACAACUUAUAUACAGCUAGCAAUGUUCCCUCUAAGGUUUGUUGGGUCGUGUGAGACAACUUAUAUACAGCUAGCAAUGUUCCCUCUAAGGUUUGUUGGGUCGUGUGAGACAACUUAUAUACAGCUAGCAAUGUUCCCUCUAAGGUUUGUUGGGUCGUGUGAGACAACUUAUAUACAGCUAGCAAUGUUCCCUCUAAGGUUUGUUGGGUCGUGUGAGACAACUUAUAUACAGCUAGCAAUGUUCCCUCUAAGGUUUGUUGGGUCGUGUGAGACAACUUAUAUACAGCUAGCAAUGUUCCCUCUAAGGUUUGUUGGGUCGUGUGAGACAACUUAUAUAAAGCUAGCAAUGUUCCCUCUAAGGUUUGUUGGGUCGUGUGAGAAAACUUAUAUAAAGCUAGCAAUGUUCCCUCUAAGGUUUGUUGGGUCGUGUGAGAAAACUUAUAUAAAGCUAGCAAUGUUCCCUCUAAGGUUUGUUGGGUCGUGUGAGACAACUUAUAUACAGCUAGCAAUGUUCCCUCUAAGGUUUGUUGGGUCGUGUGAGACAACUUAUAUAAAGCUAGAAAUGUUCUCUCUAAGGUUUGUUGGGUCGUGUGCAAAAUCAUAAGGUUGUGUGCAAAUUUUUACAGCAUCAAUUUUUUUGUACGCAAAAUUUUCAGCCUACAGACAGUUAAGUGGAAUUUAGCUGCGCGGUGCUCAAAACUGCUGCGGCGUCUGUGAGAUUGCUGCGCGUCCGCGCAGCCGCGCAGCUUAAAGGGAACAUUGACAGCUAGGUGCAUUUUCCCUAUGAAACACAAAAAUAACAGAAACUAUCGCUGUAUCUGGACUAGCGUUGUGUCUGGACUAGCGUUGUAUCUCUAGCGUGUAUCUGGGCCAGCAUUGUACAGGGAUUAGCGUUUUCUGUCCACUGAUAUCCCUUUUGCUGCUCUCCAAUUAAGGUUGGAAAGCUAAACAAAUUAAAUUAAAUUUCAAGAAUGCGCCAAAAUGCAUGGCUGCAUGCACUAUAUAUUUAUCAAAUACCCUCUGGGGAGGACGCUCAGCCGUUCUGUUUGAUUUCUUUACAUUUCUCUAAGAACAAAAUGCUUUUCUUAAAUUAAAAAAAAAAACAGUCUGGACAUUCCAAUGUGUUUUAUGCUACUUAAAGGCAAGAGUAAGCGAGACCAAUUUUUAGUGGGUCAAAAAGCAGGGGCGUCUACGCACGAGGGAAAAAAAAAAGAAGCUGCUUUCAAUCUGAGUUAGUUGGAACAAAGUCCCCCCCCCCUCGCUCUCUAUCCCCCACAACCGAGACCAACUGUUGAUUUUGUCCAGGUAACUAAAUUAAUAUUGGAAAAGGAAAAAUAAUACCAAGACUAAAUAUUUUUAUUAUUUCUUAUUUUUGUCAAGGGGCCAUUUAUAUGUACUUAGGGGUGAGGGGGAUUGUCAAUUUUGGAGAUAUUGCGUACGCGUGUGUAUGACAUCCGGGGGGUGGGGUGGGGGCAGAAAGUACGUAUAUUUACUUUUAAAAUUCUUGAAACUUGACCAUCUUGAAACUCUGAAAGUCCAAAGAUAGCCUAUGAAUAUCUGGAAUGUCGUACGCAUUUCACGCCAUGUUUUGUAGGAAUUAUAGUCAUAAUGUUGCCUUACGUUUUCACUACUGAUCUCGCUAGAUAUACUCAGAUGUUACACACUAGUGGAGGUAUUACGGUAAUAUUUUGUCCAUCGUGUGUUCAUCGUGCUUGGGACGUAUAUUGUGUUGGACUAAAUCAGUGGUUCCUAGAUUUUUCGUGUCCGCGGUCAUUGCCAAAUUUAUUUUUUUUUUCACCAGGCUCCCUGUGUUAAAUUCAAAAUUGCGAAUACAUAAAGAAAACAAAAUUAAGGAUUGGGUAAAUAUAACACGAAUGUAGGUCAAUAAGCGCCACCUAGCAGCUGCAAACGCUAGUUAGUCAAAUGGGCUACAUUGUGUAGUAUUUUGUCAAGACUCCUUUGAGGUUGCCGUGACAACCUAUACAGAAAAUGUGUUUCAGCGCCCCUUGUCUUUUUUUGAGGUAAAUGGAACGUUUUGCUGAAUUCACUGUUAAGGUGUAUCUAAUGACGAUUUUGGCACCCACCCCCUGAUUAGCCCCACCCCCCCCACCCCCCACCGAUUUUUACUCUGUGUUCCAUUCUCAUGUCCCGCUCCGAGGGCAAUGAGCACAUAGGGCGAUGUGCCAUAUAUUUUGUAAACCACGGAGCUCGCCGAACAGCCAUCGCGAAAAACCCUUGUCACAAUUUAUUGAUUGUAACUUCAUCGUGCAUAAAUGUAUUAUAGAAAAUUUGUUUGUCUGUGGGUUUCUGGAUAUUUUCCACAAAGGCUUUUAAAUGGAUUGUUGGAUCUUGACUAAACUUAGUACACACAAACUUGAUUAUCGAUAUUCAAAUACCAAAGGGUACUGAUUUCCUAAUAUCCAUUCGGCUGGGGCCGGGGGGCCCCAUUUCAGUUUUCCUUGAAUAAGCUAUAUAAAUAUCAAUAGGCGUAGACAACACUAUAAGGUCUAUGUGAAUUGGUGGAUGUAGACCUAGCUGUGUAGCAAUACCCUUCUGAGUCCGUACUGAAGUAUCGGCGGAUUAAAAACUGAGAAUAUCCAAACUAGAACUUUCCAGAAAGUUCGAUAGUUCAAAAGAGCUAUAUCUAUGGCAUUUUAAAUAGAUUGCAAUGGGACACAUUUUAAAUAUUAACUCCAUAAUUUAUCCUAAUGAUUUUUAUAGGGCCCCAUCUUAUGCAUCUCACGGGGGCCCCUCUUUCAACUUAAAUGUAUUGUCAUUAUAUUUAAAUGUAUAAUUUUUAUUUUUCGAAAAAUAAUUACUCAGUAAAUUAUAUUUUAUUCAGUCGAGGACGAGAUUAAUUUUAAUUUAGAAUGUUCUAUUAAGUAUAUUUUGCUCUACGGGGAUAUUUAAUGGAAUCUAAAAGUUUACUGAAAUGAUAGUUUUGUUCUAUACUUUCUAGACCCUUCAUAAUCCUGCCAGGAACAAAAGCCCAAAUGGGAGCAUUAUCCCAAAGGGGAAGAGGAUCCUAAAGAUGAAUGAUUAAACUGGAACCCACCGGUAACUCGAUCCCAUUGAGUGACGGGAUCAACUUGGCGUCCUACGGCAAACGGGAUCAAUCGGAGAAGAGGAUCCAACCGAGAAACGGGAUCCUAACGGGAUCCUUACGGGAUCGGGAUCCCACCGGAAAAAGGGAAAAAAAUUGAAAUUGUAUCCUACUUUGAAAUUGGAUCCCAUUGGGAUUUCAAUUCGGUUUGGAUCUCACAGGGGUCGGGAUCCCAUUAGGAUAUGGGAUCCCAUUUGGAAAAGGGAUCUCAAAGGGGCCGAGUUCCCAAUGGGGUUGGGAUUACAAUGAGAACCUUUUUGGGGUCGGAUCCCAAUGAGAACAUUUUUGGGGUCGGGAUCCCAAAUGGGGUCGGGAUCUCAAAUGGUUAAAUAUUGGAUCGGAAGGCAGUCCCGGGCUACACCGGGUACAUUGGUAUAUUGGGAUCCAUUCAGGGAUACAGAUCCCAAUCGGGGUCGAUAUCCAAAUGGGGUCGGGAUACCAAUGAGGUCAUGAUCCCAAACGAUUAAAUAUGGGAUCGGGAGGCAGCCCCAGGCUACACCGGUAUAUUGGCUAGUGAUUAAAUAACGAUGAUUUGAUUUUUUUUGAUGAUUUUUUUUUCCGGAAAGAGGGGGAGGGGGCGGGGUCGAAAGCUCAUUGUAUUAAAAUUUAAAAAAAGGGGGGGGGGGGCGAAAACAUUACGCUUGAAACAUAGGGGAGUGGGGGGAGGGGGUUAACUUUUAUUCCGUACGCAUUAUAGGGAGGGGCUCUCAAUGAAACUAAAUCUUAUGACCAAGCAUUUUUUGUUCGUUGGCUCGUUGUCUAGGGAUUAAAUUAUAGAUACACUUCACAAACCAUUCUUCUCAUAUUAAAUAUCUUGAUUACAUAACUAAGGCACAUCUUCGACUGCCAUUGUUCACAAGAUCACCUGACACAAUAAUCUACGUCACAUCCCUUUUCGCGCCAUACGUCACAAAAUAUCAAACAUUUAAUAACAACAUCUACCCAAAUACUCUCUAAACAACACGCAAUCACACAAUACAUUCAAGUCCUUAACCUCGAGCCGUAUGCUCUUGCAGGCCCGCCCUAGUCAGUCGAUUGUGUUGAUUUUACUUGGCUGGAUGCUGGUAAAUGCUUGUUGCUUUGUGCUGGUUUAUGCUUUGUGCUGGGUGCUGGGUUAUGCUUGGUGCUGGGUUACGCUUGGUGCUUGGCUAUGCUUGGUGUUGAGUGCUGGGUUAUGCUUGGUGCUUAGUGUUGUGUUAUGCUUGGUGCUGAGUGCUGGGUUAUGCUUGGUGCUGAGUUAUGCUUUGUGCUAGCUUAUGGGUUAUGCUUGUUGCUGGGUUAUGCUUGGUGCUUAGUGCUGGGUUAGACUUGGUGCUGAGUGCUGGGAUAUGCUUGGUGCUGAGUGCUGGCUUAUGCUUGGUGCUGAGUGCUGGGUUAUGCUUGGUGCUGGGUUAUGCUUGGUGCUGGGUUAUGCUUGGUGCUGGGUUAUGCUUGGUGCUGGGUUAUGGUUGGUGCUCGGUGCUGGGUUGUGCUGGGUGCUGGGUUAUGCUUGGUGCUGGGUGCUGGGUUAUGCUGGGUGCUGGGUUGUGCUGGGUGCUGGGUGCUGGUUGGUGCUUGCUGGGUGGUGCUUGGUGCUGCGUGCUGGGUUGUGCUGGGUGCUGGGUUGUGCUUGGUGCUGGGUGUUGGGUUGUGCUUGGUGCUGGGUUGUGCUGGGUGCUGGGUUAUGCUUGGUGCUGGGUUAUGCUUGGUGCUCAGUGCUGGGUUGUGCUGGGUGCUGGGUUAUGGUUGGUGCUGGGUGUUUGGUUAUGCUUGGUGCUGGGUUGUGCCGGGUAGAGGGUGCUGGGUUAUGCGUGAUCCUGAGUUAUGCUUGAUGCUGGGUGCUGGCUUGUGCUGGGUGCUGUUUUAUGCUUGGUGCUGGUUUAUGUUGGGAAUUGAUAAAAAAAAUUUUUUUACCACAAAGCCAUACCAACCUGAAGAUGGAAUUUAAAUUUAAAAAAUUAAUUAAAUAAAUAUAGGCCUUUUGAUAUCAAUUUCUACUGAACAAUCAUUGGAUUUGAUAUUUGUAUUUUUCUGGAAAAUCUGUAGAACUAUUGGGGUAUUAUUAACCCUAAUUCUAAUCGUUUUUCUUUGAAAUAUUAUUAUUGAUUGGCAACAAUGUUCUAAGAAAUUUUUCUUGAUGAAAAAGAAAAAGACAUUUUUUUUUGUUUUUACUAAUUUUCAUAUUGAAAUCUCGAAUAAAAUACCCAUAUUAUGAGCCACAGAACUGACCAAAUUCUAAGGAGAUUGGCUCCCCUCCCCUAUGGGACCGGGGAAGAGGUGGGGGGGGGGGGCAAACACGUCCAUGUUACAAAGGGGAAGUAGAAAAAAAAAAGAUAUCAGAGACGCUGCCUUAAAGAAAAACAUGGAACGUUUACAUUUACAACAAUAUUUUGAUAUUAGGUAUUGGUUUAACAAACAUACUGCGGUCUGAGGUAUUGGUUUAACGAACAUACUGCGGUCUGAGGUAUUGGUUUAACGAACAAACACAGGUCUGAGGUAUUGGUUUAACGAACAUACUGCGGUCUGAGGUAUUGGUUUAACGAACAAACACAGGUCUGAGGUAUUGGUUUAACAAACAUACUGAGGUCUGAGGUAUUGUUUUAACAAACAAACACAGGUCUGAGGUAUUGGUUGAACAGACAUACAUCGGUCUGAGGUAUUGGUUUAACGAACAUACUGCGGUCUGAGGUAUUGGUUUAACAAACAAACACAGGUCUGAGGUAUUGUUUUAACAAACAAACACAGGUCUGAGGUAUUGUUUUAACAAACAAACACAGGUCUGAGGUAUUGGUUGAACAGACAUACAUCGGUUUGAGGUAUUGGUUUAACAGACAUACACUGGCCUGAGGUAUUGUUUAACAAACAUACACCGGUCUGGUGUAUUUUUUUUACAAACAAACACCAGUCUGAGGUAUUUGUUUAACAAACAUACUCCGUUCUGAGGUAAUGCUUAAGAAACAAACACCGGUAUUAGGUAUUGGUUUAAAAAAUACACUGGCCUAAGGUAUUGUUUAAAGAACAUACACUGGACUUAGGUAUUGAUUUAACAAACAUACGCCGGUCUGGUAUAUUGGUUUAACAAACAUACACCGGCAUGAGGUACGGGUUUAAGAAAGAUACUCCGGCCGGAGGUAAUGGUUAAACAAUACAAUGAUACACUGGUCAGAGACAUUGAAUUAACAUUACAGUUAUACAUUCAUCUGAGGUAAUGUUGCAUCUACUCACAUUUUCAGCUGUGUGUCCAAGAUACUGCAACGCUAUCAAGAAACCGGCAGCAUACGUCCUGGCGUGAUUGGUGGGAGCAAGCCAAGAGUGGCAACACCGGAGGCGGAGGGUCGCAUAGAAGACUAUAAACGAGAAAAUCACGGGGUCUUCAGUUGGGAAAUACGAGACAAGCUUGACAAGGUGGACACCAGGAUCGUGAGUAUAGACACUGACGUCAUAACUGUUACUUAAGGGGCCAUCCCUAAAAAAGACGUCACGAAAGAAGGGGCAGGGGUAUCAUGAAUUUGUAACGAUGCGUAAAAACUACAAUGCGAAAGUUAUGUUUUUACUUGUAACAACCUCGAUGCAUGUGUCAUGUAUUUUAAUAGUAACACAAACAACGCAUUUGAUCUCUAUUUUAAGGAGGGCGGUGGUGAUCACAGCUCUGUACCCAGCGUCAGGUCCGUAUCCAGAGUUCUGAGGUCCCGAUGCUCCAGGGGAGACGAUGGGGACAGCGGCCUCCAUAAUAUGGGAGUCGUUGGUGACGAACGAAGAGACGAGAAUGGGUUCGGAGGCUUCGGGAGUAUCAAAGAUGGUGAGUAGGGGCGGGUGUUAAAGAAGUCUCAAAGAUGGGCUGGCAGUGGUGUGUUGGGGAUGGUAUAGAAGUAUGGGCUGGUAGUGGCGUGUGGUAUGGUUGAGAAGUAUGGGCUGGAAGUGGUUGUGGUGGAUGGUAGAGAAAUAUGGGCUGGUAGGGCUAUGUGGUGGAUGGUAGAGAAGUAUGGAUUGGUAGUGUUGUCUGGGAUGGUAGAGAAAUAUGGGCUGGUAUUGGUGUGUGGGAUGGUAGAGAAGUAUGGACCGGUAAUGGUGUUUUGGAUGGUAGAGAAAUAUGGGCUGGUAGUGGUGUGUAGGAUGGUAGAGAAAUAUGGGCUGGUAGUGGUGUGUGGGUUGGUAUCAUUGUGUUCCUCGUACUAGUGUGUGUACCCGUCGACGGGUUAAGCUUGUAGUAAACUGGGAGAUAAGGGAGUGGGUAGGGGUUACGAAUCAUCUCAAUAUACAGAGCUAGUAAUGCCCAAUAAGACCACACAGGUGUCCCGCCCAUCACAAUGGUAUCAUCAAAUAUAGCCCUCCGAUUGGACUUCACACCCUAAGUCAGUGGCGGAAGAAUUGGGUGUAGAGGGGUCGGACCGGGGUGGCCCUUACUUCUUUAUAUUAAGGGGUCUCAUUUUCGGAAAACACAGAGUGUUUGGCAGAAGUCUUGCCCAGUCAGUGUGUCAACCCGGUCAACUUAAUACAACCCGGUCAACUUAAUACAACCCGGUCAACUUAAUGUAACCCGGUCAACUUAAUACAACAAGGUCAACUUAAUGCAACCCGGUCAACUUAAUACAACCCGGUCAACUUAAUACAACCCAGUCAACUUAAUACCAGCCGGUCAACUUAAUGCAACCCGGUCAACUUAAUACAACCCGGUACUUAAUACAACCCGGUCACAUUAAUACCAGCCGGUCAACUUAAUGCAACCCGGUCAACUUAAUACAACCCGGUACUUAAUACAACCCGGUCAACUUAAUACAACCCGGUGAACUUAAUGCAACCCGGUGAACUUAAUACAACCUGGGCAACUUAAUGCAACCCGGUCAUCUUAAUACAACCCGGUCAACUUAAUACAACCCGGUCAACUUAAUACAACCCGGUCAACUUAAUACAACCCGGUCAACUUAAUACAACCCGGUCCAAGUGAUUCAACCCGUCUAUAUUUAACACGGCCUAAAAGAGGUAUGUUCAAACCCUUAAGCCAGUCAUAUAUAUGACGUGGAGUAACCGCCAUUACUUUUUUAAAAUUCAUCUAAUUAUUUUUGAUAAAUCCGGAUGAAGUCAGAAUCAUUUCGUCAAGUUAUUUUCAUAUGAAAGAUUGACAAAUACAUACAUAUGUUAAUUAUAAGUGAUUGUUUAAUUGGUUUAGGAUUUUUUUAAAUUGUUUGUUCUAAUGGGAUAAUUAUUGUCUCAUUAUUAUUUCUAAUUGGAUAAGUAUUGCUAAAUUAUUAGAACUAUUUGGUUACUGAGACCCAAAAAGUAUUUAAAUGGGAAUUCUUAGGAUGACCCGCAGAUUUGUUGUGGUCUAUCGUCUGUCCAAUCAGCCACUACUCGUGAACCCAACAGCUGAACCGUCAAACAAUGCGGCAACGGAAGUGUGUCGACUGCAGACACUUAAUGCGGCAAGAGAAGUGUGUCGACUGCAGACACUUAAUGCGGCAACAGAAGUGUGUCUACUGCAGACACUUAAUGCGACAACAGAAGUAUGUCGACUGAAGACACUUAAUGCGGCAACAGAAGUGUGUCGACUGCAGACACUAAAUACGGCAACAGAAGUGUGUCGACUGAAGACACUUAAUGCGGCAACAGAAGUGUAUCGACUGCAGACACUAAAUAUGGCACACGACAGUGUAAUAGAUUACCUUUUAGCACUAGGCACAUUAAGUACAUUCUGAUAUUUAAUUGCACAUUUCCUCUGUCUUAUUUUAACGCUUUACGCCAAUAUUUGAACAUGUUUGUUCUGGCUUUGUGCCGCGGAAUACUCGGAAAGACCUUGGGGUGUGGCCGCGCGUGGAAUAAAAAAAAUGGUUACCCUGCUUUUGAUAAAUAUAAGUAAAUCUAAUAGACGAAAUGAAUUCAAAUAACUUUUCAAAAUAUAGUUUAAUUAAUAAUAUAUUUUCGAGAACUUUGUUAAGCCCCCCCCCCCCCACUUUCAUUCCCCACAACACACACUCAUACAUCCGCAUCAUUAGAGGAAACAGACUUGUAGCUUGUUGUCAUUCGUCACGGUUGAGAGCAGAAGAGAUGCUCGAGCAAUUCGUUUCACGCGUGGGGGAGAGUCCGACGAAUUACACGCACCGGAACAUCUCAAAGCCUGAUUAUGUUCGUCGGGGCCCGGACUACGCUACGGGAGGAACAUGAUACCGCGGGCCAUUAAGACGAUUCGCUGAAUGCGGUCUCCAGUCGAUCACUAGGAUCUUUUUCGUCUGUCGGUUUUAUUGAAUACAAAAACAUUGACCAAUAAAUUGAAGCCCUCCACCGCCGUCUACGCGCGACAAUAACCCGAGAAAUCCGAAUUAAAUUUGUCCGUCACUCCAUUUCGCCGAAGCCUUGUCAAUGCGUUCUUUUCAGGCCGUGGUAAAUUGUCCCCUGACUCCAGCGCCGCCACUUCUUUCUCUAUGAUACAUCGGCUGUCACCCGACCGCAGAAUGAGCCGCUUCGGCAAAGUGCAACAUAAUGGACACCUCGAAGCGAGACCAGCGUGCAGCUAUGGGCGAUUUGCCAGGGUGAUGACAGGGGGGGGGGGAAGUUUUAUGUCGUUUGACUUUAUCCAGAUUGUUUGGCUCCCUGGUCACCCGACCGCAGAAUGAGCCGCUUCUGCAAAGUGCAACAUAAUGGACACCUCGAAGCGAGACCAGCGUGCAGCUAUGGGCGAUUUGCCAGGGUGAUGACAGGGGGGGGGGAAGUUUUAUGUCGUUUGACUUUAUCCAGAUUGUUUGGCUCCCCUGAUGUGUAAGCUCCGCUUUGAAACACGAGGAGUGCGGAGUGCCACUUUUUGAACGUCUCGACGUGACUCCAAAGCUUUAAUUCUCAAGUCUUGUUGUCCCGGCCUAUAUGGAAAAAAAAAGAUGCGGGGGUUGACUUUAACGAUUUCAUUAGCUCCUGAAUUCUCUGUCACGCACGAUGGACGCAGUGGCGUCAGGUGUCUGUACACGGAGGGGAAACGCAACGAGAGAACGUGGAUCGAGAGCGUAAAGUUUAGGAGUCUAAUGUCACAGAUUUUUUGCGCCUGGGUCGACCAAAAAAUAUGCUGAAGGAAAUUGAUUAAAUUUAUGAAAAGUUUCUAGAGUUUGCAAACAAACAAAGAGAUUUAAAAAAAUAAGUAUGUUCUUAAAUGUGCGUGGAUACAGAAAAAUAUGCACACAUGGUAAGUGUUGAUAGAGAGAAAAGGGGAAGGAAAGAGCUCGAUAAAAACAGACAGACAUACGGAAACACACAGACAGAGAGAAAGAGACAAAAAGAGAUAGAGACAGAGAGAAACAGAAGAAGUUAGAGAGAGACAGAAAGGAAGAAAAGAGAGAGAGAGACAGAAAUAGAGAGGGAGAGAGACAGAAAAAGAGAGAGAGAGAGAGAGAGACAGAAAUACAGAAAAAGAGAGAGAGAGACAGAAAGACAGAAAAAGAGAGAGAUGAAAAUGAAGCUGGAGAGAGAAAGGCAAGGAUAAAAAGUAAGACGCAUAGAGAAAUAGAGUAAGUAUACCAAUAGUCAUAAUGACUUGUCAAAUGUUUCUUUAUCAAACAAAAAAACUCUGAAAUUCUAACCCGCCAUUAUAAAAUGUCCCCAUCCCUGCUAUCCAAAACCAUAACUUAUAAAACCAUUACAGCGUAUUUUCCGUGCCCAAAUACGUCACAAGAUACCAAGCACAUAGAAACAGCUACACACAUACUCUCAACACCAAACACCUUUUCCAUACGAAAAAUUCACGCCCCUCAAUCUAGUUCCCAACACCAAUUGACAGUUGACGUCAUACCGAAUAAGGGCACAACUCUUCCAUACGGAAAUAACGCUAGACUUGACUUAGUCACAUUUCUUUAACCGAAACCCACUAUUUCUACGUAACAGAUCUCUCCGACUGCGAUUCCGAGCCCGGCCUUGAACUCAAGCGUAAGCAGAGGCGGAGCCGGACGUCGUUCACCAGCGAGCAGCUGGAGGACCUGGAGCGAGCCUUCGAGAGGACUCACUACCCCGACAUCUACACGCGGGAGGAGCUGGCGCAGAGGACCAAGCUGACAGAGGCCAGAGUCCAGGUAACGGCGGCCAUCCAGAAAUGACGCCGCGCUGUUUAGAAUAAUGUGGACUCCCCCCUCUCUCUCCCCCCUCCCACACACGUCCACUUGGUCACAAAUUUGUCACGCAAAAAAUACAUGCCAAAAUUCUUGUCCCUCUAUCCACCUUUAGGUGCGGAAGGUCAUGUUAAAUUUCCUCUAACACGUGACGACAUAAGGCAGUAUUGGGGAGGUCGUAUGGUUUAACAUGCUCUAACAAGGUUUAAUUAUAUUUUUUCUUUCAUCCAAUAUUCACAUAAAUCUCUCUAUCAGUCACAUAAAUCUCUCUAUCAGUCACAUAAAUCUCUCUAUCAGUCACAUAAUUCAUUUAUAUCAGUGUCAUAAAUCUCUCUAUCGGUCACAUAAAUCAUUUAUAUCAGUGUCAUAAAUCUCUCUAUCGGUCACAUAAAUCAUUUAUAUGAGUUUCAUAAAUCCCUCAUAUCAGUCACAUACAUCCCUCUAUCAGACACAUAAAUCACUCAUAUAAGUCACAUAAAUCACUCAUCAGUCACAUAAAUCUCUCUAUCAGUCACAUAAAUCACUCAUCAGUCACAUAAAUCUCUCUAUUAGUCACAUAAAUCAUUUAUAUCAGUGUCAUAAAUCCCUCAUAUCAGUCACAUAAAUCAUUUAUAUCAGUGUCAUAAAUCCCUCUAUCGGUCACAUAAAUCAUUUAUAUGAGUUUCAUAAAUCCCUCUAUCAGUCACAUAAAUCACUCAUAUCAGUCACAUAAAUAACUCACAUCAGUCACAUAAAUAACUCAUAUCAGUCACAUAAAUCUCUCUAUCGGUCACAUAAUCAUUUAUAUGAGUUUCAUAAAUCACUUUAUCAGUCACAUCAAUCAUUUAUAUGAGUUUCAUAAAUCUCUCUAUCAGUCACAUAAAUCAUUUAUAUGAGUUUCAUAAAUCCCUCUAUCAGUGACAUAAAUCCCUCUAUCAGUAACAUAAAUCCCUCUGUCACAUAAAUCCCUCUAUCAGUCACAUAAAUCCCUCUAUCAGUCACAUAAUACCCUCUAUCAGUCACAUACAUCCCUCUAUCAGUCACAUAAAUCCCUCUGUCACAUAAAUCUCUCUAUCAGUCACAUAAAUCCCUCAUAUCAGUCACAUAAAUCACUCAUAUCAGUCACAUAAAUCACUCAUAUCAGUCACAUAAAUCCCUCAUAUCAGUCACAUAAAUCCCUCAUAUCAGUCACAUAAAUCACUCAUCAGUCACAUAAAUCCCUCAAUCAGUCACAUAAAUCACUCAUAUCAGUCACAUAAAUCACUCACAUCAGUUACAUAUACCCUCUAUCAGUCACAUAAAUCCCUCUAUCAGUCACAUAAAUCCCUCUAUCAAUCACAUAAAUCACUCAUAUCAGUCAAAUAAAUCCCUCUAUCACUCACAUAAAUCCCUCUAUCAGUUACAUAAAUCCCUCUAUCAGUUACAUAAAUCCCUCUAUCAGUUACAUAAAUCUCUCUAUCAGUUACAUAAAUCUCUCUAUCAGUUACAUAAAUCCCUCUAUCAGUCACAUAAAUCACUCAUAUCAGUCAUAUAAAUCCCUCUAUCAGUCACAUAAAUCCCUCUAUCAGUCACAUAAAUCACUCAUAUCAGUCAUAUAAAUCCCUAUAUCACUCACAUAAAUCCCUCUAUCAGUUACAUAAAUCCCUCUAUCAGUUACAUAAAUCCCUUUAUCAGUCACAUAAAUCUCUCUAUCAGUUACAUAAAUCCCUCUAUCAGUUACAUAAAUCUCUCUAUCAGUUACAUAAAUCCCUCUAUCAGUCACAUAAAUCUCUCUAUCAGUCACAUAAAUCACUCAUAUCAGUCACAUACAUCCCUCUAUCAGUCACAUAAAUCUCUAUCAGUUACAUAAAUCUCUCUAUCAGUCACAUAAAUCACUCAUAUCAGUCACAUAAAUCCCUCUAUCAGUCACAUAAAUCUCUCUAUCAGUCACAUAAAUCUCUCUAUCAGUCACAUAAAUCACUCAUAUCAGUCACAUAAAUCCCUCUAUCAGUCACAUAAAUCUCUAUCAGAUACAUAAAUCCCUCUAUCAGUCACAUAAAUCUCUCUAUCAGUCACAUAAAUCACUCAAAGCAGUCACAUAAAUCCCUCUAUCAGUCACAUAAAUCCCUCUAUCAGUCACAUAAAUCCCUCUAUCAGUCACAUAAAUCCCUCUAUCAGUCAUGUAAAUCCCUCUAUCAGUCACAUAAAUCCCUCUAUCAGUCACAUAAAUCACUCAUAUCAGUCAUAUAAAUCCCUCUAUCAGUCACAUAAAUCCCCCUAUCAGUCACAUAAAUCACUCACAUCAGUCACAUAAAUCCCUCAAUCAGUCACAUAAAUCCCUCUAUCAGUCACAUAAAUCCCUCUAUCAGUCCCAUAAAUCACUCAUAUCAGUCAUAUAAAUCCCUCUAUCACUCACAUAAAUCCCUCUAUCAGUCACAUAAAUCUCUCUAUCAGUUACAUAAAUCCCUCUAUCAGUUACAUAAAUCUCUCUAUCAGUUACAUAAAUCCCUCUGUCAGUCACAUAAAUCACUCAUAUCAGUCACAUAAAUCCCUCUAUCAGUUACAUAAAUCCCUCUAUCAGUUACAUAAAUCACUCAUAUCAGUCACAUAAAUCCCUCUAUCAGUCACAUAAAUCACUCAUAUCAGUCACAUAAAUCCCUCUAUCAGUCACAUAAAUCACUCAUAUCAGUCACAUAAAUCCCUCUAUCAGUUACAUAAAUCCCUCUAUCAGUUACAUAAAUCCCUCUAUCAGUCACAUAAAUCCCUCUAUCAGUCACAUAAAUCUCUCUAUCAGUUACAUAAAUCCCUCUAUCAGUUACAUAAAUCUCUCUAUCAGUUACAUAAAUCCCUCUAUCGGUCACAUAAAUCACUCAUAUCAGUCACAUAAAUCCCUCUAUCAGUCACAUAAAUCCCUCUAUCAGUCACAUAAAUCACUCAUAUCAGUCACAUAAAUCCCUCUAUCAGUCACAUAAAUCCCUCUAUCAGUCACAUAAAUCACUCAUAUCAGUCACAUAAAUCUCUCUAUCAGUUACAUAAAUCCCUCUAUCGGUCACAUAAAUCACUCAUAUCAGUCACAUAAAUCCCUCUAUCAGUCACAUAAAUCCCUCUAUCAGUCACAUAAAUCACUCAUAUCAGUCACAUAAAUCUCUCUAUCAGUUACAUAAAUCCCUCUAUCGGUCACAUAAAUCACUCAUAUCAGUUACAUAAAUCCCUCUAUCGGUCACAUAAAUCACUCAUAUCAGUCACAUAAAUCCCUUUAUCAGUCACAUAAAUCACUCAUAUCAGUCACAUAAAUCCCUCUAUCAGUCACAUAAAUCACUCAUAUCAGUCACAUAAAUCCCUCUAUCCGCCCCAUAAAUUCCGUCACAUUUAUCCCGAUAACCAACAUGAAAAUCAUGCUGUCAACAAAAAUCCCCCCAUGUACGUCACUGCCCUAUGUUUCGCCUGUUCCCCAGGUGUGGUUCAGCAACCGGCGGGCCAGGUGGCGCAAGCAGGUAGGAAGUAACCAGCUGUCGGCCAUCAACUCGUUCCUCCAGGUGCCGCCACCCCCAUCUCACAACGUCCACCCGAUGACAAGCUCGGCGCCCAUGCAGCCCUCGACGCACGCCGAGCAUCUUCACAUGGGCGCGGCCACGGGGGCGGCACUGCAGUCCCAGACCCUACUCCAGCCCACGCCUUCGGCUCCGGCAUCAGCGUUUAUGUUCAGCGACUCCAACUACGCGCUGUCCCCUCCGGCAGGUCAGUCACAUAUUGAUUUGUAGGGAUUUACAUAUGUGUGACCUUUUCUGAGGACAUACACGUAUAUUAGAGAAUCCAUUUUUCAUAAUGCCGAUAAUAAAGUAAACAACCAUCAAUUUUCAAAGUAACUGUUACUGAACAUGAUGAGCAUGUCACGACGCACUUGCAUAUAACAAUCACCAUCAAACGAUUCCGACCUCAGUCUACACAAUUUUUGUUAAAAUCUGUAUUGCAUGUGCAGUCAUCAGCCUGAGAUAAUGCAAUCUGCCGACUUGUUGAUUGACAGUUGGCACGGUACACACGCCUGCAAAGACGACCUGACCUCGGGUUUAAACCCAAGCGCCGGUCAUCUAUUUUUGGAAACGCUCUCUUCUCGUAGAAAGAAAUUCAGAUCCUAAAGAUUUUCGUAAACAAACCACCUGGUCACGAUAUACAAUUGAUGAUUGGUGUACAUGUAGCAUUGUACAUAAAACAAAGUACACGACGUGAAUACACUGCAUGCUAUGCACUUCUUUCUUCUAACGCAACCUCUCCGUGGAAGGGUUUCUUCUUCAGUUAUCCGAAUCAACCACUGUCCCAAAUGAGUUCGGGAAAUCGACGCUGUGCUGUAUUUUGUAUUGACCGUUUGUUUUCAUAUCUAUAUAGUUUAUAUGUUCUUUAUAUUCUAUUUUUUCUUUUUUAAUAUAUAUUCAUAUUUCUAUAUGUUCUAUUUUAUAUAUGUUCUAUUUCCUAUCGUCUCUAGACACUUUCUGGCAACACAGGCCGCAGCUGACGUCAUUACACCAAGCGUUCCCACCAACAUUCAAAUCGGACGUAGCCUACAACGGUCUCAUGGAUUCCUAUCUGUCCCAUGCAGUCAAUCAGGUGAUUCCUAUCAUUCUCGUCAUUUAUGUCAAACAUGACAUUCUUGUCACACGGAUCAUUCAUGUCAAAUAGGUCACGUAUGGCACUCAGGUCAUUCACGUCAAACACCACAGUCAAGUAAAUCAGGUCAUUUAUGUCAAUCAUGUUAUUAUCAUGUCAUACAAGUCAAUCAGAUCAUUCACGUCAUAUAGGUCAUUCAAGUCAAUCUGGCUAUUUAAGUAUAGCUCGCCUGUAUUAAACGUUAACGCUAGGUUUAUGGGUGAAACCAAUCGACAAAUCUGAAUAGCUUAGAGUAGAACUAGAUUACUAGCUGGUAGCAAUAUAGUUUUCUUUUAAAGUGGGGGAUUGUAAAGGGGGGGGGGGCUGCAUAAUUUAAUCAGGAAAUUUGUGUACUACCGGGUACAAGGUAAAGGAAAGCCUGAAAAAAGGGACGCAAUAUCCCAGACAACAGCCAGCAAAAGGCAGCACUCUUUGUACUGUACGCUGACGAAGGCGUCUGGCCGACAUGUUUGUAGUUUUGUUGCGACAUGUUUUCAAGUUUUUAAAUACCUUGUGCAAAAUAUUUUCUUUUAGCUGAUCAAAGGGUGGAUUGGCUAAUGGUUACAGAUGUGAGAGGAUGAAGCGAGACGCGCUAUGCGCUGAGGGCGUCACUUGAAGGUAGUCGCACUGAGGGUGGGGCAAUACACGGCAUGUGCCGGGGGGGGGCAACUUGAAGGACGGCGCAUCUAGGGUGUGGCCAGAAACGGUAUGGGCCGAGGGCGCCACAUGAGGGAACACGCAAAAUCGGAGAGCCGGAUAAAAAAUUGUUUACUUUACAAAAAAAAUAUCAAACGUCCUAAUGUAAGUGACAAACUUGAAUGUCGUAAUACAAGGGACACACUUGAGUGCCAUGACCCAGGGAAACGCUAGAGUCCCAUGACCCAGGGACACACUUGAGUUCCAUGACCCAGGGACACACUUGAGUGUCAUGACCCAGGGACACACUUGAGUGUCAUGACCCAGGGACACACUUGAGUGCAAUGACCCAGGGGCAUACUUGAGUGCCAUUACCCAGGAACACACUUGAGUUCCAUGACCCAGGGACACACUUGAGUUCCAUGACCCAGGGACACACUUGAGUUCCAUGACCCAGGGACACACUUGAGUGCCAUGACCCAGGGACACACUUGAGUUCCAUGACCCAGGGACACACUUGAGUUCCAUGACCCAGGGACACACUUGAGUUCCAUGACCCAGGGACACACUUGAUUGCCCCAAUCCUGGGAACACUGUUGUAUGUCACAAUGUAGGGGACAUACUUGAAUACCAUUCUUACAGGGCACAAACUCGAAUGCCAAAGUGUAGGGGGGGGCACACUUGAAUGGCCUUACACAGGGCACACACUCGAAUUCCCAAAUCUAGUGGACACACUUGAAUGAUCUUACACAGGGCACACACUCGAAUGCCCAAAUCUAGGGGACACACUAGAAUGCAUCGCGAAUACUGAAGAACUCCAUAAGAAUAAUCGAGGACUCACUUUCUAUAGGUAUAAUUUAAGAAAAACAGAUACCAUUUAAUAAAGCAUUCUGUCAAUACUUAAUCACCGGACGAGUUAUAGAAGGUUAUUUGAGCCUUUUAUCAUAUUUCAAGAUAGUCCUCUACAAUUCUUUUCAUGAUAUGCAUGAAGAGAGAGAAAGAGAGAGGAGGGGAGAGAAAGAGACGUAGAAAGAGAGUAAAGUGCGGGGGAAAAUAGAAUAUUGCCUCCUGUCUUCCAACCACCACUUCAUAAUACUACUGCUGAGCAGCCCUUGCAACCAGUGAACUAUCCCCUUCAAAACCUUAACAGUAACAUCGCGAACCCCUGUGAAAUAUAAGAGCCAGAGGGAUCCAUUCAUUGAUCGUGGGGCCCUCAAAAUUUAGAAGAAGAAGAAUAUGUAUAAAGAGAGAGGAAGAAAGGCUAUGUGUGCAAGCGAUGACGUAUAUAUUACUCUAUGUACUGUAUCCCCAUCCGUCCGUCUCCCUCUCUCUUUGAACUCGUUCACCUUCUUCCAUUAACUCCACCAGACACUCCCUGAGCUUGUAGUCACUCUUCUAUCAAGGAAUCAUUUUUAACAUUCAGCUUCAAAAAAUACCGAUCGACCUGGGCCCCCCCCCCCCCCCCCUCUCGUUCACCUUCUUCCAUUAACUCCACCAGACACUCCCUGAGCUUAUAGUCACUCUUCUAUCAAGGAAUCAUUUUUAACAUUCAGCUUCAAAAAAUACCGAUCGACCUGGGCCCCCCACCCCCCCCAUUGCUUCAUAAGAGGAUAACGCAGGGGAGAAGAAUAAAGCAAGGAAAAUUGGGUUCUAGCCCUUUGAUAAUUGAAACUUGCCCUGCUGAGACGACGUGGGUGGGGAGGGGACUGGGGGACGUGGGUGGGGGAAUUUGGGUGGGGGAGGGGGGUGUAACGCCCGUACUCUUAAGUCGGCUGGCUGUUACACGUGUCUGGAAGUUAUAAUUUGCCACACUGAGAGAUUUCUCUUCUUAUAACACCGACUAACACUUUCGCCCCACACAUGGACCAACUCGCAACCACAUGACCACAAAACAAACUACUGGCCCACAUACAAUCACCGAGCAAACUACACUCAUCCAGGCACAUUCAAUAAUUCACCAACAUACGACCCAAACUUUUACCACCAUUCCACACACAUAUCCACAUCAGCAACACGAUGGCCGUUAAAAUUUAAAAAAAAAAUCAUUUGGUGACAUUUCAUUGUAUCUCUCAGGUACCAACAUACACGAAUUUGUCAAGCACGCCCUACUCCAGCAACUGGUCGCCCGCAGUCUCUUCUCAACUGACCAGUCUCAAUACAUUCCAUCCACCGUCUUAUCAGUACGAUAUGUCCAGGAGUCAACUCAUGCCUAAUACAAGUAAGGUGACAUUUGAAUAGUGCGCAAUUGGAAUAUUGCGACAUUUAAAUCGGGUGAUAUUUGAAUAUUGUGACAUUUGAAAAUUGAUUCAUUUGAAUAAUGUGAUAUUUCAAUAUUGAUUCUUUUUACUGUUGUGUUAUUUGAAUACUGUGCCAUUUGAAUAUUGUGACAUUUGAAUAUUGUGACAUUUGAAUAUUGUGACAUUUGAAUAUUAUGACAUUUGAAUAUUGUGACAUUUGAAUGCUGUGACAUUUGAAUAUUGCGACAUUUGAAUACUGUGACAUUUGAAUAUUGUGACAUUUGAAUAUGCUGACAUUUGAAUAUUAUGACAUUUGAAUAUUAUGACAUUUGAAUAUUGUGACAUACGAAUAUUGUGACAUUUGAAUAUUGUGACAUUUGAAUAUUGUUUAUUCGAAUACUGUGACAUUUGAAUAUUGUGACAUUUGAAUACUGUGACAUUUGAAUAUUGUGACAUUUGAAUACUGUGACAUUUGAAUAUUGUGACAUUUGAAUAUUAUGACAGUUGAAUAUUGUGACACUUGAAUAUUGUGACAUUUGAAUAUUGGGAACGUUACAUUAGUGACAUUCGAACUGAGACCUUUUUUCAAAAUCUUUAACCAUGUUGACAUUGUCACAUUUAAGUGUGACAUCAUUUGAAUGUACCAUGGGAUUGACACACCACUUGAGACCAUUUGAGGAAACAAUUAUUUCACUGAACCAUGAAAACAUAAAUGUCAUUUAAAAAAAAAAAGUUAUUAACCAAUACACUUCUUGAAAAAUCAUCAUAUAACGGAAUUUAUUAACACAGAUAUCAUAUAAUAAUUCAAAACACAUAAUCUAUACAAAAAAAAGGAUAAGUUAACGAAUGCCUUCAAUUUUUCAUUACUAUUUCUUUCAGUCUGAAUUCAUUCAAAUUUUUAGUAUUUUUUUCUAACAAUAAGUAGACAUUGAACAGCCCAGUAACAGCCUUACAAUCAUAGGUAUUCCUUCUGUUUCCAGGUAGCUAUGAGAAAUAUCAACAAGAUGACAGUCUGACGUCACUGAGACUUAAGUCACGUGAUCACUCGAAUAUGCUAGGCAUCCUCCAAGCCGACCAGCUCCGCCAACACAGCACCUUCCAGGUCAUGUGAGAUCAUUUUCCAGGGCAUAUGAGGCCAUCUUCCAGGUCAUGUGAGGUCAUCCUCUGGGUCAUGCGAGGUCAUCUUCUAGGUCAUGUGAGGUCAUCUUCUAAGUCAUGUGAGUUCAACAUCAAGUUGAGAUUCACAUACUGUACAUUCAUUGAAAUCUGUUAAAGAGAAAUGUCCAUAUGAAAACUACUUGUAUUGAGAAGUUCGCAAUGGUUUUAAGCCAAAUGGUGAGAUGUACAUGAGUUGUAAAAUGAUAAGAUGUACAUGAGUGGCCAUUGAUGAGAUGUACAUGAUUUGUCACAUAUAUAUUUUUUUUUCCGUUUGUAUAAUUAUUCUCUAUUUUUGUGGGAAUAUUGAAUAACAUUCCUGUUUAUAUUAAAUGUUACUUUAUUAAAUAACUUAAAAAUUUAAUAUGCA